AUGCCAGACCAGACAGUAAAUACAGUGUCUGAGAAUUUCUUUUCUGGGUGGAUAGCUCGCUUCGGAGUACCAGAUGUAAUAGUGUCCGAUCAAGGCACACAGUUCGAAGGCAAUCAGUUCCAAGAAUUGGCUCGAUUUCUUGAGUGCGAAAAGAGACGGACAACAGCAUACGAUCCCGCAAAAAAACGGAAUCGUAGAGCGAUUUCACCGGCAACUCAAGAACGUUUGAAGCCUGAUAUCGGCGUUUCAGUAGCAGAGUUUGCUUACGGCUGUUCUUUAAGACUGCCUGGAGAAUUUUUUAGACGUCAUACAACUGAUUUACCACAGUAUCAUGAUUUCCUAAAGGUUUUACGGGAUUAUAUGAACAGAUUGCGUCCUGCUCCAACAUCUCGCCACUGCCACAAAGACAUUUUUGUGCAUAAGGAUUUAUUAUCGACAAGUCAUGUUUUUGUUAGACAAGACUGCGUGCACAAGCCCUUACAGCAACCAUACGAUGGACCUUAUGAAACUGGAGGGGGAGUACCUGUGGCGUUGCGGUCUGAAAUGCGAAGUCCGAACUACGAAUCUCUAACGUUGGACUACGUAGCUUGCAGUCGGUAA